AUGUCUUCGGAAUCCCUCUUGCCGACCGUCGAGACGGAUGCCAUCCCGCGCGCGUAUAGACCCUCUCCUAAACAUACUCUCAAAAUUGCCCUCCGUAUUAAGGAACUCAUUGACAUCCUUGUUCCAAUCCAAUUUGAUGAGUCCGUUAUCACCCGUGCAGACUCCCCAGUCAUCACAGAUAGUGUAUUGGACCUUGUGCGCGAAGCAGCUGGAGGUAAAGGAGACGGUGCCCAAGGCUCGUCUUCCCGGCGGUACCGCGCACCACUCAUUUUUUUGCUGCUAACUGUCAAACGGUGGUAUGACGAUAUGGCUGACCAACAGCUCUUUGAUGCUGACCUUUUCGGUCUCCGUGCUUCUGCAGCUGAAUCCAUUGCCCAGCGUCUCAUCGACUCCCAGGAAGACGAGCGAUACUUAUUCAGAGACAUGUUGUGCCAACGCUAUUCAAUCACUCUCAAUGGAGAAGACUCGGACCCGGCAAGUGCACUUGAACUGGCAGUCGACUUGCACUCAACCCCUGUUAUUUCGUCCGGCGGCUACCAGCGAUGCAUCAAGUGGCUAUGGAACGGGUGGAUUGUUCAAAGCGUUGAAGACCCCGACGAGUAUGUCUUUUAUAAGAGUCUCGGGGUGACUGACUGGCAGGUCCAUUUUGACCCGGACCGGCUCAAAACACCCAAAUACCAAAACUAUGUCCAACUCUUCUUCUGUCUGCUCUAUCUGUUACUCUAUACUCUCACCAUCAACACCCUUAAAAACAGCGGUAACUUUGAUGCUGCUGAGUUCUUCUUUUUUUUCUUCACUUUAGGCGGUAUUGUCGACGACGCGCUCAAGUUCUAUCACGUCGGUCUCUCCUACUUUGGUUUCUGGAACAUGUUCAACGACACAAUGUACUUCCUGGUCGCAACCUCCUUCUUCUUCCGCCUUGAAGCUUUCACUCAUUCUUCUGCAUCUCCUCUCCGAGAGUCCCACCUUAUGAUUUCAUACCGUAUUUUGGCCUGUUGCGCUCCCUUUGUUUGGCUCCGCAUUUUGCUUUACCUCGAGUCGCUCCAAUUCUUCGGUGCAAUGCUCAUCGUGCUCACUCAAAUGAUUCGCGAGUCCGUCAUCUUCUUUGUCCUCCUCGUUAUCAUCUGUCUCGGCUUCCUUCAAGCAUUCAUUGGCCUUGAUUUUACCGAUGAAACCGUCGAUUUGCUCCCUCACACAAUCAACACUAUGCUUCUCACCAUUAUGGCUUCCCCGGAUUUUGACGCUUUCACUGAGCUUGCUGCUCCAUAUGGAACAAUCGUUUACUACUUCUUUGCAUUCCUCAUCACCACGCUGCUCCUUAACAUCCUGAUUGCCUUGUUUGGCUCAGCGUACUCCCAUAUUUAUGACAAUGCCACUGAAGAGUAUCUGGCUCUUGUUGCAUCCAAAACCCUGCGCUUCAUCCGCGCACCUGACUCUUAUGUCUACGUCCCACCUUUAAACCUUAUUGAGGUUUUGUUUGUGUUACUCCCCUUUGGCUGGACCACAGACAAACAAACAUAUGAGAAAAUUAACCACUAUGUCAUGUACCUCUUCUACUGGCCAGUGCUGAUUUUCACAGCCACUGCUGAGCGACAAACCGCGCGUCGCGUCAAGUACAACCGACUCAAGGGUCUAGAUGACGAUGCAAACGAGCACGACCAGGAGUGGGAUUUGCUUGACGGGUUCCACAAUGGAGAUUUCGACGAAGAUGAGCUGGACGACCAGUCUUUUCCCACAAAUGACAAUGACGACGACGAUGAAGUCGAUCCGGGCAUUGCCGCAAUUCGCCGCCGCAUUCGCACAAAAUAUCGCCUGCACCACGCUACCUCAGGUACCGCCCAUGAUUCAUCUGCCGAGCUCGAGCAGAUGAAUGCCGCCAUUGCUGCUGGCGACCCGGAGUUCCCUAUUGACGAGAAAGCGUGGCGCCGCCGCGUGCUUCUCAACGCUCCCAAGGUCGAGGUUGGUAGCAAGAGCGGAGCUGGCUGGCAAAACUAUUGGCUAGUCAAGGACUUGCAUGCUCUCCAAAAAGAUGUUUCUAGAGUCCGCAAGGAACUCGGUCCAAAGACUGAUGACGGUCAGUCCGGUAUCAUCCUUACAAAAGAAGAAUUAGGUGAUAUUGUCAAGGCUGCUGUUGCCCAAGCUCUUGAGGAAAAUAAACAAAAUUACUAA